AUGGGCCUCCAAGAAUCCGACCCGCUUUCACAACUGUGUCUGCCUCCCGGGUUCCGGUUCUACCCGACCGACGAAGAGCUCCUGGUUCAGUACCUCUGCAGAAAAGUCGCCGGCCACCAUUUUUCCUUGCAGAUUAUCGGAGACAUCGAUUUGUACAAGUUCGAUCCUUGGGACCUUCCCAGCAAAGCCGUGUUUGGCGAGAAGGAAUGGUACUUCUUCAGCCCGAGGGACAGGAAGUACCCGAACGGGUCCCGGCCGAACCGGGUCGCCGGAUCCGGUUACUGGAAGGCCACCGGUACCGACAAGAUCAUCACUACCGGUGGCCGGAAAGUGGGGAUUAAGAAAGCUCUCGUUUUCUACGUUGGAAAAGCGCCCAAAGGGACCAAAACCAACUGGAUUAUGCACGAGUUCAGGCUCUCAGAGCCUCCCCGCAAAAAUGGCAGUUCCAAGUUGGAUGAGUGGGUGCUUUGCCGGAUUUACAAAAAGAGCUCCGGCGCGCAGAAGCCGGCGGCGACCACCGUGGGCGGAGGCGCCGCCCAGAGCAAGGAAUACAGCCACGGUUCGUCAUCGUCGUCUUCCUCACAAUACGACGACGUUUUGGACUCCCUCCCGGAAAUCGACGAGCGCUACCUCUCUCUGCCGAGAUUGAACUCUCUGAAGAACCUCCAGCAGCUGGGCUCCGGGAACUUCGAUUGGGCCACACUUGCUGGGCUCAUCCCGCUGCCGGGAUCCGGGCAGGCGGAGGCGGCCCAGGCCCAAACCCAGCAGCAGAUGGGUUGCGGUAACGUGGGUGGUUCAAGUGACGUUUAUGCCCCUCUGCAGCAGUUUGGUGAAGAAGAGGUGCAGAGUGGGGCCCUGGCUCUGCGGGUGGGCCGACCGGGAUUCCACCCGGGCGGUUUUGUUUCGGAUUUUGCGGGUUCGUCUGACCCCUUUUUGGGUCAGUACCCGACCCAGAAUAAUGGGUACGGAUUUAGGCAAUGA